AUGCCUUUAAUUCGAAAUUAUGACUACUACGAUUUCAUUGAUGUGAUGCCCUGUCCCUCACAUCAUCCGGUAACGGUGACAAACCACUCCCACGUGGGGAGCACCCGGCAAGCGUCAUAUUCAGCAGUACCAUCGAAAGGAAGAAUGUAUUAUGGAAAGAAUGAAUAUAGAGGAAAUCUGAAUGCAACAAUAAAUGAUCCAACUGAGUUUGAAGAACAUUUUGACAUAAAUGCAAAUGAUCCAUUAGAGGGAGGAGAUGAUAAACGAAAAAAGAAGCGAUGGAGAGAUCUUCUGUUUCCCAAAAGUAGACAUUCAUCCAGAAAAGAUAAAGAGAAUUCAAAUGUCAGUGUGACAACUCGAAGUCUUUCAUCCGUUUCAUUUCGAUCGGAAAAGCCCGAAAGAAGUCGCCGAAGGGAAUCUGGAUCCUUAUCACGUCAUCGAUAUAUUCCCCCUCCACCUCUCCCGAUGCCUCCCAGAAGAGUUAUGACAAGUACUUCUAUCGGAUAUUCAGAUGAUGCUAUGACAUCUUCUUCAUCGCAUACAGCUACAGAUUAUGAUGAUAUUGUACCCACACCUUCUUACGUUAUUUAUCCCGCUUCAUCAAUUGCUCAUGCAAGAAAAAUUGGCGAUAGGGGAAAUAAUUCAAUUAACCCAUCGUUACCCGCAGUUUUUCUGGGUCGUAAAAUUGUAGAAAAUGGAACAACUCAUAAGUUGUUUAGAAGUCCUACUUAUCAUCACGAUGCAUUUGUGAAUUCACACGAAUGGACACUGAGCAGAUCGAUCAGCGAAAUGAAAUUGGGUAUUGUUGGAACAUCACAGUCCGGCAAAACAUCUCUUGUACACCGUUAUCUAACAGGAACAUACACUCCAGAUGAGAGUCCUGAAGGUGGUCGAUUCAAAAAAGAAGUUGUAAUCGAAGGGCAAAGUCAUUUAUUACUGAUUCGAGACGAGGGACAACAACAUUUGGACGUUCAAUUCUGUCAAUGGGUUGAUGCUGUUGUAUUCGUUUUCAACGUUUGCUCCAUCCAAAGUUACGACAGUAUUCAAGCAUUAGCACACGAGAUGAGUAAAUACCGCAAUAUUAGCGAUUUACCGUUGAUUUUGGUUGGAACAAAGGAUCAUAUCUCCGAGAAACGAGCACGAGUCAUCACAGAAGACGAAGGUCGACAGUUGGCUGCACAGAUGAAGAGGUGUUCAUAUUUUGAGACGUCAAGUACAUAUGGAACAAAUGUUGAACGAGUAUUCAAAGAAGCCUGCUGCAAAAUCAUCCAAAGUCGAAUACGAACACAAGUGGGCAACGCCACUUCACAAGCCAGAACGCCAACACCAACGCACACGGAAAGUGGAAGAAAAGACUACCAGGAUCCACGAUACAUCAGUUCAAAUUCAUUUGUAAUGCCGUCCAACAUGCGACCAUCAUUCCCCACUAACUCUUCCCGUCGGAAUACAGUGCACCAUCGUGAACAACCUUCAUCAUCCAGAACUGCUAGUGAACGUUCAAUGUCUGCAAUGCUUGGUGCUCCAUAUGGAAAUAGAAUGGCUGCUGGUGUAUCCCCGUCUGCCAGUCAGAAAUCGGUCCAUUCAAUUGCUAACGGAUGCUAUUCAAGAUCUUCCGCUGCUCUGUUAGAUUCUGACACUCCCGCCGUUAAUUCGUAUUUGAUUGACUCGAUGUCUUCUGCUGGAACUCCCCUCAAUCACCAAAACAGUACAAAUCAAGUAUCAGCUUCAACAUCUCAUUUACCGACACCCUCUUCAACACCAAAUACACAAAGAAAGAAUAGGCGGAUUUCAAAUAUAUUUAGGCAGAAAGAUCAUCAAGAAGAAAAGUCGAAGAUGAUCGAGUCGUUGAAUCUUGGAAUUGGUCGAGCAAUUCCAAUCAAACAGGGAAAUCUGUACAAGAAGAGUUCAAAGUCGGCUUUGAAUCGUGAAUGGAAGAAGAAAUACGUCUGUCUGUACAGCGAUGGUCGUCUAACUUAUCACACUAAUCUGAAAGAAUAUAUGGAUAAAACAGCCCAAGGAAAAGAGAUGGAUCUGAAAUUGGCAACUAUUAGGAUAACAGGAAGACUUCAUCCACUUCAUUCACAUCGAGUAACAAAUGCCAGUUCUUCAACAGAUGGUAGUGGAACUCCAACAUUGAAAAGUUAUGAGCCGAGAAGGAGUGACGUCGGAGUUGGGGCAAAUUCAGGUGAUGGAACAUCAGGAGGUGGAUCAGAUGACGCUAUUAAAGAGAAUCAGAGACAGCAGUUCUCACCGCCUGCUAUGCCUCAAACUGUUGCUGGAAAAAAGAAAAGAGAGUCGAGGAAGAUAGGAUCCAAUGCGAAACCCAACGAUGAAGAAGAUGAAUGCUUCGAAGUGAUAAAUAAUUGUUUGAUGCGAUGGGAGUUCUGUGCUGGAUCAUUAGAAGAGCGAGAUGAAUGGAUUCAAGCAAUCGGUGGAGAAAUCGAAAAGUCGUUGGGAAAAGAAGUAGCAAAUGCGAAAACUAACAAUCGAGCAGUUGCUGAUCGCCCAGAUAUUGCUGCAUUACGAUCGAUACCUGGCAAUGGAAAAUGUGCCGAUUGUGGGAAUCCUGCUGCCGAAUGGGCAUCUAUUAACCUUGGAAUUGUGAUUUGCAUUGAAUGUUCAGGGAUUCAUCGGAAUUUAGGAUCACACAUAUCGAAAGUGAGAGGUCUCGAACUAGAUCAGUGGCCUGUUGAACAUUUAGCUGUGAUGCAAGCAAUAGGAAAUGAUAAAGCAAAUGAGAUGUGGGAAUACAGUCUGAUGAAUGAACGAAAACCAACACUUGACAGUUCUCGCGAAGAAAAAGAACGGUUUAUAGAUAGGAAAUACGUUCAAAAAGCAUUCCUCAAACCGAUUCCAACUGGAGAGCCAGUAACUUCACAACUCAUUUCUGCCGUAUUGGCUCGCGAUGUAAUGUCAUUAAAUGUUCUUCUGGCUAAUGGCAUGAAAGUUGAGGAGGUAAAUACGACAACAAAAGAUGGUCGAACAGUUCUUCAUUUGGCUGCAAGUAUUGGAAGUGUUGAAUUGGCUCAAUUGUUGAUUUGGCACAACGCUGAUACUCGUAUCCUAGAUAAUAAUGGCCGGUCAUGUCUUUUCUACGCCCGAUCCAAUGGCUUCCGAGAUGUAUUCGAUAUGCUUGUGACAUCCGGUUUAUCUCCUGAUUAUGGAUUACCACAAGAGAAUAAUGAUUAUUCACAAAUGCCAGAGUUCUCUGCAAUGGGAUCUACAUCAAACCGAGAAUAUUCCAUGUCUGGAGAUGACACCUACUCUUUACGGAGAAUCUCCAUGGCUCCUCCACAAGUUCCAGCCCGUAGAUAUCUUCCACAGCAGCCAGAACUUGAUGAGACGAGUGUCAUCUGA